GGGACUCUAGGCCGGAGGUUUUGUUGUGAGGGUCGGUUGUCAAGCAGCGACCAAUCAGGGCAAAGGAUGGAGGCAAGUGGGGGUCGCGCCUGGAGGGAAGCCUUGGCCUCUAGAGCUACAGCUGCAGCCCAGUGUUGAGCUGAGAUGGCCCAAGCCUGACAUUCCAUGAUCUGGGAUCCUGACCUAUGUGUACAGGCUGCUGCUUGGUAGCGGAUGAUCUAAACCACCAGGCAGUCCUGGGCCAGGAGAGGAGGACUCUCUGCCUGGAUGUGUGGGAACUCCCUGCCAACUUGAUUGUCGGAUCUGGGGGGGAUCCACCCCCACCCCACAGAGAAAGCACAAUCUGUUUUGUGGGUGGGGUCUCAGGUGCCACCCCCCUGAAGCAUGGCCACCCCUGUGGUCACCAAGACUGCCUGGAAGUUACAAGAGAUCGUCGCCCAUGCCAGCAAUGUGUCCUCCUUGGUGCUGGGCAAGGCCUCAGGACGGCUACUGGCCACUGGUGGGGAUGACUGCCGUGUCAACCUGUGGUCCAUAAACAAGCCUAACUGCAUCAUGAGCCUGACAGGUCACACAUCCCCUGUGGAAAGUGUCCGCCUCAACACUCCUGAGGAGCUCAUCGUAGCUGGUUCCCAGUCAGGCUCCAUCCGCGUCUGGGACCUGGAAGCUGCUAAAAUUCUCCGAACACUCAUGGGCCACAAAGCCAACAUCUGCAGCCUGGAUUUCCACCCCUAUGGUGAAUUUGUGGCCUCAGGUUCCCAGGACACAAACAUCAAGCUCUGGGACAUCAGGAGGAAAGGCUGUGUUUUCCGAUAUAGGGGGCAUAGCCAGGCUGUGCGGUGUCUCCGGUUCAGCCCUGAUGGGAAGUGGCUGGCAUCAGCAGCAGAUGACCACACAGUGAAGCUUUGGGAUCUGACGGCUGGCAAGAUGAUGUCCGAGUUCCCGGGUCAUACAGGGCCUGUCAACGUGGUAGAGUUUCACCCCAAUGAAUAUCUCCUAGCCUCUGGCAGCUCUGACAGGACAAUCCGCUUCUGGGACCUGGAGAAGUUCCAGGUGGUGAGCUGCAUUGAAGGGGAGCCAGGGCCUGUCAGGAGUGUCCUCUUCAACCCCGAUGGCUGCUGCUUAUACAGCGGCUGCCAGGACUCGCUGCGUGUCUAUGGCUGGGAACCUGAGCGCUGCUUUGAUGUGGUCCUUGUCAACUGGGGCAAGGUGGCUGACCUGGCCAUCUGCAAUGACCAGCUGAUAGGUGUGGCUUUCUCCCAGAGUAAUGUCUCCUCUUAUGUGGUGGACCUGACGAGAGUCACCAGGACGGGAACUGUGACCCAGGACCCUGUGCAGGCUAGCCAGCCUCUGACACAACAGACCCCUAACCCUGGUGUCUCCCUCCGACGCAUCUACGAGCGGCCUAGCACGACCUGCAGCAAGCCUCAGAGGGUAAAGCACAACUCAGAGAGCGAGCGGCGCAGCCCCAGCAGCGAAGAUGACAGGGACGAGCGUGAGUCCCGGGCCGAGAUCCAGAAUGCGGAGGACUACAAUGAGAUCUUCCAGCCCAAGAACAGCAUCAGUCGGACACCACCCCGGAGAAGUGAACCCUUCCCAGCGCCCCCAGAAGAUGACACAGCCACAGCAAAGGAAGCCUCAAAGCCCAGCCCAGCCAUGGAUGUGCAGUUGCCGGUGCCAAAUCUUGAGGUCCCAGCACGACCGUCAGUCAUGACUUCCACUCCUGCACCCAAGGGUGAACCUGUCAUCAUCCCUGCCACUCGGAAUGAGCCCAUUGGCCUAAAGGCCUCAGACUUCUUGCCUGCCGUGAAGGUCCCCCAGCAGGCAGAGCUGGUGGAUGAGGAUGCCAUGUCACAGAUUCGCAAAGGCCAUGACACCAUGUGUGUGGUGCUCACCAGCCGCCACAAGAACCUGGACACUGUACGAGCCGUGUGGACUACAGGAGAUAUCAAGACAUCAGUGGACUCCGCAGUAGCCAUCAAUGACCUGUCUGUGGUAGUGGACCUCUUGAACAUUGUCAACCAGAAAGCUUCCCUGUGGAAGCUGGACCUGUGCACCACAGUGCUGCCCCAGAUUGAGAAACUUCUGCAGAGCAAAUAUGAGAGCUAUGUCCAGACCGGGUGCACCUCCCUGAAGCUGAUCCUGCAGCGGUUCCUACCCCUCAUCACUGACAUUUUGGCAGCCCCGCCCUCUGUGGGUGUGGACAUCAGCCGAGAGGAGAGGUUGCACAAGUGUCGACUCUGCUUCAAACAACUCAAGAGCAUCAGUGGCCUCGUCAAGAGCAAAUCGGGUUUGAGUGGCCGCCACGGCAGUGCCUUCCGUGAGCUGCACCUACUCAUGGCCAGCUUGGACUGAGGAGCUCAUGGUGGGAGCGCUAGCAGCCCUCACUGGUUUGGCCUCACACUCUAGUAGUCGGCUGUAGGCCCAUGAGCCUCAGCCUGGCCUCCACUCUUGCCCUGCUGGCCAUCCUGGAGGCAUGGCUGUCAGCCUACUGACCACCUCCUCGGUUGUGGACUCAAGCUCCUCUCCGGCAGCAGCUACAGACUUGCACAGCCCUUGCUUCUCAGGGCAACUCCAGUCUCGGAGCUGCUGCUGUAAAUUAUCAGGCAGAUUUAUUAAAUUUAUAACUGUUCCUGACUUCCUUGUGAGAGGGAUAUCCACUGGCUCUCCCAGGCACACUAUGGCCUGCCUAGAGAUCUCUGGAAGCUGAGACUGCCUACUCCAAGCCCCAGUGCAGCCUCCAGCUGUGACCAGCAGGGGACAGCAGAGCGCCAGGCACGAAGCAAAGGGCUGCCUGCUUGGCUUCACUUGGAGAAAGGGAAGCGGAACAGAUGAGGCCAUAGAUGUCUUAGCCACACUCCCAAUUGUCUUUGGGUAGGUUGGCCAAGAGCCUGUCAUCGCCCUCCCUCUGGCCUCUGGAUGCCAUCAGAGACUAGACCACGAUGGUUAUAUGACCUUGGAAGACUCUAGAAUGGUUUUCACAGCCCAUGGGAAACUACCUCUGUGCUUGCUCACAUCCCGAGAGUCUGCCCUUCAGAGCAGCUGUUGAUGCAAGAAGGGAGGAGCCCUUGUGGCCCUGUUCUCCAGGGCUGGGACCAGGCACGAACACGUUCGUAGUGAGUGGGGCCAUUACCAGUUACAGUUCCAUAGACUUGGAGGAAAGGCCGGCACAGGAUGAGCAAUGCAGCUGCCAAACCUGACAGGUCUUUGAAGCCUUAGUUUUCCUUCUGUAACAUGAAGUGAUACCGUAAUGGGAUGGGAUGGUUAUAGGCACACGGGGUGCUUCAAAGGGGAGACCAAAAUGAUAGCAAAGGCAUGGGGGAGACAUUGUCUUCAGUGGUAACAUCUGGAGUCUGCAUGGUCAGCCAGCAGUGGGGAGCAACAGAAUAUGCAGUGUCCUCUCUCCAUGCUCUAUCCACAGGGACGCCUAGUACCAACGAUCAGAUUAUGCUUGUGUAAAAAGACAUUCAUUUUAAUAAGUAAAAAUGGCUAAGCUUCCAAAAGUUCUUAAAUAGGAUUUGGGGAGAGGAACAUGUUGAGAGUCAGUGGGCAGGGAGAGUGCCUGGUGUCAGGCAGAUAAACAGGACCCAGCCCUUCCACACUGGCCUCUGCCAGCCAUAAAUAUAGCCCAGACCCUUGACAGGAUGAGGACUUGUAUGUACACCUAGGAACAUUAUAUACAUGCCCCGUGAGGGCUCCCCUCCUCAGGAGGGUACAUAGAGAUGCUCUUGCUCUCCCCUGGCCCCCAGCUGGCUCCUCAAGCCUUCUCCACUAGUAGAGAACACACAGCCCAGGGGCCAGGUGGAGAAGGAGGGCCCACCCCACUGCAAGGGCAGAGUACCAUCCCUGCCCUUCCAGAAGCCCCAUGCUUGGGUGCCCAGAGCCACACAGAGACUCGCUUCCUUCUGAACAUGUUUCUCAUCUCUGAGGAGAGGCAGGGCGGGAGAGCCUCCAUCUCCUGCAUUCAUGGUGGGUGUUAGAGCAGGUAGCCGGGCCCAGGUCCAGGCCUGGCAGCGUGGCA